AUGAGUACACUUUCUAUGGAAAAACUAAGCCUUUGUGAAAAUGAUAAUGACCAUACUGACGAGCAUCAAGAGGUGGAGGAGCAGGAUCUAAUUGACGUUACAAAGGAGGUUUUUGCAUCGUUAGUCGGCAUUCAAGAUAAUAAAGUAUUAAAAUCGGAUUUAUUCCAAUUGUUAGAAGGAACUCGUGCUUUGGAAGUUCUAAAUGUCAAAUUAGACACUGGAAUCAUCCAAUUUGAUCAAGAUGAAAUAUCGUUUGAUUGUCUGGAACCUCAACCGGUUGAAACCAUCAUUAAUAUUCAAAGCAGCUUGCUAUCGCAGUUGGUGAAUUGGUUGGAAAGUAACAGCUUACCAGUAACAGUUCUUAGCUGUCGUUAUGUCCAAACAUUAUUGGAAAAUAAUCAAAACCAAUAUAGUUUGCCCACACAUAUUAGUCUUUUUCGAGAUCAACGACUCAAAUUUCGCGAAUUUGAAAAGAAUACCAAUUAUUGGCUAGUUCACAAAGUACUCAAAAGCUUUAUCAAGGGGUUAUGCCGAUUUGUUGGGUUUGUCCUUCAUUUGGCUUCAAUGUUUUUAUACGACGAAGAAGAUAUAAUGUCAAGAAGUAUGGAUUUGAAUUUCAUUCUGGUUACUACACCCCAAGCUGCUAUAGAUGAGAUAAAUAAAGUGAUAGAAUGGAUUUCAGUUAACAAAAUUGAAAAUUGCAACGUUUUGAUUAGUCAAUUGAGAAUAGUACAAAAUUUGAACAUGUUUGAAAUUGAUGUACCAAAUUUGAAACUACCCUUUUUAAAACAGCACGAGCAAGAAGGGAAAGGAGGAGGAGGAGAAGAAGAAGAAGACACAACAUCUUCAAAAGACAAUAUACCCACACCAUAUCUAGAGUUUUGUAAUGAAGCACUUUCAAAUAUAGAGUCUAUCAAAGAAUUUGAAUACAACACCGCAAGUAUUCCCAAGGGUGUAUUUUCCCAAUUCAUACAAACAGAUAUGUCAAAUCAAUACAUCCCAUAUGACGUGGCGCCAGUUGAUGUUUCACAUGCUUGCACUUAUUUGAGCUCCAUGUUUACAACCAUUCACAAUUUUGUCAUACAAGCUAUCAAAGUAAAAACAAUCAACCAGCUACAAGAUUAUUUACAAUAUAACAUCAGACAACCGAGUCGCCACUUUUCCGUUUUUGCUAGAGCUUUAUUUCAGUUUUUCCUAAUUCGUGACGAUAAAAGUAUCUUUGGGUCUCCAUCAGUCGAUAUAUCUGUACUCGUCGUAGACACAAUUGAGAAUCUUGUUGGUUACAAAACUAUACUACUCCAUGAUCUCGGAAAUCAAGUGGCACAAUUAAAAGAUGCAGUGAAAACGGAAGUUAUGGAACAACAUGUAUCAUACUUGCAUGAAUUGGAAAAAGCAAUGUACAAUAAUAUAUGCUUAUAUGGGAUCAAUCCAUGUAGAACCCAACAAAUAAUGUCCCGGGACCUAGUUGUGUGGGAUACUUUACAAGUUGGAUGGGAAUCGUUUGAAAUAGAAAUGGUUAGAAACUUCCAAAUUGGAGAUCAAUUAAACGAGAAAAAUGGAGAGCCGGCAAUAAGUGUUACUUCAUUCAUUUAUUUCCAAAAGAUGGAAUUGAUGUUUGAAUUAUUGAUGGCUGGAAUUGAGCUUGAACUAUAUAAGCCAUUUGAAUUAUAUUUGAUUUACUGGUAUGGAGAACUUUUAUUGAGAUAUUUAUUGGACCACUUACAAACGAGAAUUAAGAGUAUCAUAUUGAGCAAGAUUGACGAGAUUGAAGUCAAGAUUCCUAAAAAGUUAAAAAAAUUGAAGAAUGGACCAAAGAAGGAGAUGUUGAAGUUGCAAAACAAGUAUAAUAAUGAAGUGGUAGUACCAAAGCUACUCCACACGCUCAACUACCAGGAUUAUUUAGUAGGGUUUUAUCACACUAUACAGUUAUUCAUCAACUGCUAUGCCAAGUACUGCAUUGUAUUGGCUAAACUAAAGCUUGUUGAUUUUUCAAAAGGACCACCAAACAACUUGACGUCAAUGGAGCACUUGUACUACUUGAGGAUGAAACCAUGGUCAACGAUUGGUGUUCCUCUGUUUCCUUCAUAUAAUAGUUACAAACAAGCGCUUUUGCUUACAAAGCCAGAACCAAACAAUCGUGCCACUUUAAUGAAAUGUUUUGAAUUGUUAGCUGGAAUAAAGAGCAAUUUACAAAUGGUUGAGAAGGGAAUUUCAAGCUCAAUAAGUUACGUUAAACGCAACAAAAUUGACUUUGUUGAAAAUACUCUACUUUUAAAUUGGUUGGAUGAUAUGAGUCAAGCAAGCAAAGAGUUGGGGAAUAAUGCUAGUGAAUUAGGAAAGAUUUUAUCUGUUUAUAGAGAUGACUUGUUGUUAAUUUCACAAAAUUACAAGUUGAAAGUUGGAAAAGUUCGUUUUGUGAAAAAUAUCUACAAGUCAGGCUUGAAAAGAGCGGCAUGGCAACUACAAGUGCACAAUGAUGUGAAGAGCGGUAGGUUAGUUGGUACCGAUGAUUUUGGUAACAAAUUUUAUGAAACUGACGCCCCAGAAGAAAUACAUUUACGUACGAGAUGGGUGGAAUAUAGUAGCUGGCAUCCAGAUAUCUCACAAGUCGAGCCUGGUUGGCAUUAUUGGUUGGGAUACGGUAAUAAUACUCCACCUAAUGCCUUGCAAGAAGACCAAAAGACUAUUCGAGCUUAUCCCUUACCUGCAAAACACAAGCCCAAUUUCACAAAUUCUCCCGGUGCCUAUGUUUGCUAUAACACUGCCAAACCUAAGUUUAAGAGCUGGAGUCCACAAGUGACUGAGAGAGUAUAG